AUGAGGAAGAAUAUUCGCUUGGACUCCCUACCCUCUAAUCGCCAAAUAGCAUCCAAAGACUGCCGCUUCUGUACCAAGCGACGCAUCAAGUGUGACCGAAGCAUCCCACGAUGUCGAAAAUGCAUCAGUCGAGGGCUCUGCUGUCCUGGUUUUGAUCGAAUGCCCCUCAAAUGGGACCAGGGUGUGGCAAGUAGAGGAAAGCUCGCUGGUAGGACACACCCAGUGCCACUGUGUGGUGAAUCCAAGGACCAUGAGAGGCUGUCAGACGCACCCAGCUCACCCAACAACCCGACUAGUAGCCAUGAUCCUGGCACCCUUACCUUAACCCGCUGCAAAUCCCCCCCUCGGAGCUCCUCCACACUCAUCCCCAGUCCGACGAAUGAUCUAGAUAUCGUCAAUCAUUGCUCAUCGGCUGCUCUGUCUGACAAUCUGCUCAAUCAUUUUCACAUCGAGGUUGCCGCCAGACUGACAUGGCUCGAUAGCUCAAAUAAUCCCUGGCGAAGUAUGGUUCUUCCGUUUGCGCAGCAAUCUCUUUGUCUUCGCUUGUCGGUCCUUGGUCUUGCUGCCGCUCAUUUAUCCGUCACGUCUGCCAGUGGGGAUAGCGAAAAACAGGCCCUUUUACAGAUCAAUCACAAUCUUCGGGAGACAAGCCUUUGCGCCUUGAAUAAUAAGAUACGUUCAGAGUUGGGCCGUGAUUACGCCACAGAGGAUGAUAAUUCGGAGGGUUCGUCUCUGAUUGAAAUGCUUGCCACGAUGCUCGUCCUGUGCUAUGGGGAGACUCUCGUCCCAUACUCGACAGACUGGAGUCUUCAUCUGCGCGCAUGUCGCGCCAUUAUCGAUAGACAAAGGUUGCGCGGUCGGCAGGAAGACCCCCAAGGCCCUGUUGCAAAGUUUUUGGUCAAGGAAGUGGCUGAUCUUGAGACUUUUGGCAACUUUUCUGUCUUUACAAGAGGACAGGGGACAAUAGCUCCACUGCCCCCUCCAUCAUUGCUUGAGGGUCAAUUCUGGGCCUUCACAUCCUUGCUCCGUGAAAUCACCGUAGUGGAGAGACAACGCUACGAUCUAUCACGAAAGGGCCGUCGACCUCCAGACAUAGACAUGAUCAUCUGGAGAACCAAGAUUGAACAGGCUUACGCCCAGACGUGCACCGGGACCACCUCAAUCUCGGCAGGGGAGGAGCACACACGGAAAAAGUUUGAAGCUGUCAUACGAGCGCAUUACUAUUCCUCUCUGAUAUACUGCUAUCAAGCCCUCGCAUCCGUAGAGGAGGCAUCACAAGCAAUCGGUUAUUAUAUUUCCCUUCUCUUCGACGAGAUCCAGUUCAUUGCAGUCGGGCCAACUCGCAUAUUCUCCCACAAUAUUUUCUUCCCGCUCUUCAUCGCCGGUACGGAGUAUGGAGCAGAUGAACAUGGACAAUCCAUAAUCCAGGCACUUUUCCUGGAAGCAAUCACCACAAGCGGAUUCUGGUGCAAUCACUCCGCAUUACAGUUUUUGCGCGCAUUCUGGGCAAGAACAGAAUCUCAAAGGACGUGGAAAUGGAUAACGUACGCUCGAGAAAAUGAGCAACAUAUUGGGCCUUUCCUUGUGUUCUAG